UAAUAAAACUCAAACGAAACACGUGACAACGGAAAAUGAAUUCCCCUUUUGUAUCUUGAUAAAAAAGCAGUAGAAACCAGUGCGAGAGAAAAUUCAGUGGACGCAGGCGUCGUUCGUGACUUGUUAUACGACAAUCUACGCUGUUUUCAACAUGGAUGUAUGUUAAGGGGAUGUUUGGUUGAAAGUUUUUUUUCUACUUUGUUGGGAGAGCUGGAAGUUUGAUCACCUUUGUGAAUAUGCCAGUAGCAGAAGCAAAAUCCAGUUGGGCUGAUGAGGUAGAAGAAGAGGGAGGAGCAUUACCUCCUCCUUCAGAAACCUAUGAGAAUGGAUUCAAAAUUCUUACUGAAUAUAAAUACAACCAAGACAAUAAAAAGGUCAAAGUGGUUCGUACAUACAAAAUUGAAAGACGUGUAGUUUCAAAGACAAUUGCUGCACGUAAAAAUUGGGCUAAAUUUGGAGAUUCAGCAGAUGAUCGACCUGGACCUAAUCCUGCUACUACAGUCGGUGGUGAAGAUGUUUUCAUGCAAUUCAUUUCUAGCAAAGAAGAAGAAAAUAAGGUUGAAGAGGAUAAUCUUGAUAAAUUAAAGAAUAUGGGAGAUAAAGGUGUAGUUAAAUGCCGUAAUUGUAAUGGAGACCAUUGGACAUCAAAGUGUCCUUACAAGGACACAGUCCUUGCUGGAGGAAAAGUACCAGAUGAUAAGAAACCACUUACUACUACUGGUGCUCCUGGAGCAAUGACAGAUUUGAAACCUCAAGGAAGCAAAUAUGUACCACCUGGUAUGCGCGAUGGCGCCAAUAAACGCGGAGACUCGAUGCAGAUGCAAAGAAGGGAUGAUACAACAGCUAUUCGUAUUUCUAAUUUGUCAGAGAGUACUACAGAUGCUGACUUGGAUGAGCUUGUCAAGCCAUUUGGUUCUGUCCUUAAAUUUUACCUUGCUAAAGAUAAGCAAACAAAUCUGUGUAAAGGAUUUGCAUAUGUACAUUUCAAAUAUAAAGCAGAUGCUGGAAAAGCUAUUAGUAGACUUAAUGGCUAUGGUUAUGACCAUCUUAUUUUGAAUGUGGAUUGGUCAAAGCCACAACAACAGAGUAAUUAAAAUGAUUAACUAAAGAAUAAUUUUGAUCACUUCUUACAGAGUACUACCAUCUUUAUCUCAUUCAGGAUUAUUCCAUUUGCUACUGUAAAAAUAUGAUAUACAUGUCUAUGAAAAUAUAAUUUGUAUUCUUAGAUUAAAAAUAAAUUGUACACUA